AUGGCGCAACUCCGCCCACCGCCGCUCCUCCUGACGAAGCGCCUGACCUCCUUCCUCCAGCUCAACCUCUCCCCACAAAUAACGACCCUCCUUCUCCUCAGCCCAGACGGCAAGCUGCUGGCCUACGCCUCCCAGCCGCCCAUCCCCGUCGCCACCCUGCGCACCCACGGCACCGUCGCAGCGAGCCUGUACACAAUCCACAGCAAUGGCGCCGACCAAGAUACCAUAGACGCCGCCCUGCCACCCGGCAGCAGGGCCAGGAGGACAAGUCGUGGCAGCAGCAGCAGCAGGAGCGAGGGCCCACUGGCGGUGACGAUACAGCUCGAGAGCGGAACGGUGCUGGUCAUACGGCGCCUGAGGUGCGGGAUGCUCUUCGUGUGCAUGGGCCCGCCGGCGGGUCAGGACGCGCAGGGGAGCAGGCCGGGGACGCAACACCAGCAGCACCAGCAGCACCAGCAGCACCAGCAGCACCAGCAGCAGGGCGGCCUCCACGCCCAGGCGCAGGGAGGCCAAGCAGCACAACAACCACCAACAUCACAACCAAGUCUACAGCCCCAAGCAGCAGCAGACGACACAUCAGCCGGCGGCGCAAACGGCCACACGCCCACGUCGAGCCCCCCACCGGCGCAGACGACAGCGACAACCCCGGCGACAGCACAGCCGUCGUCGUCCGCACAGCCACUGGGCUCCCCGCCGGAGACGGCCAGCAUCCGCAGCGCCGGCACGGGCGCGUCCGCCACCAGCACCAGCUCGGCCGUCUUCGGCGCCGGGACCGCCGGCGUCGUGGCCACCCGCCGGCACGCGGAGGAGCUGGCGCGGUGGCUGGACGACAAGCUGGGCGCGCUGGACGUGCCGGACGACGGGCUGACGGGGGUGGUGGGGUGA